GGGGGGGUCGAGGCAAGAGCCCUCUCGCUCACGCUCUCACUCACACGCACACUGGCGCUGCCGGCGACGGGCCACGCGACAGGCUGGGGGGAGAGGGGGGGCGACAGAGGGAUGGGCAGUGGUAGCGUGGUGCAGAGGCGAGGAUGUGUCUAUGUAUGUAUGCGUGGGUAUGUAUGUAUGUGGAUGUGGAUCGCGGUAAGGCUGCAGUGUGUAUGUAUGUAUGUAUGCGUGGGUGGUGGCAGUAGUGUAGUGUAGUGUAGUGUAGUGUGGUGUGGUGGGUGUGCUAUGCUAUGGAAUGCUGGCUGAGGCUGGGCUGGCUGGCUGGCAGAUUGGCGUGGGUGGAUGGGGGAGGCAAGAGGCGGUUCGGGAUGGGAGGGCAAGGCCUUGCUAGUCGCUGUCACAGUCAAGCACAAGCAUUGGCACCGCCGGCCGAGAAGGGCAGUCUCGAACCGCUAAUUUCAUGCGUCACGCCCGCCCGCUCGCGCUCAAAUCUAUCGCCAACACCUCCCGUCGCAGCACCCAAAUGUCGCCUGCAAAUCAUCUCACUAAUCGUUCUAUCUGCUCCUCUGCACUCGCUUCUGCCCAAUGCUCCCUCCUUUGCGCCACACAGUGAUGCCCCCUUUGAUUGGUCAGCGUAUUUACGCUGCAGGCCUACCGCUCUGCUUGCUGCUCUUCGUCGCGCCCAUGGCGAGACAUGGCAUGGUGAAACCCUGCACCAGCUAAGACAGCAUGCUCCCUCACAACCUCGUAGCCUCCAUGGGCGGACUGUUCGCAGCGUGCCCGUCCGUCCGCUGCCAUCCCGUAUUCGCCAACGACCGAACAGCACAAUAUCGACGCUUCGAAUCUACACUUCGCUGCUUGACCUCCUGCCCAACCCCGUAAGCAGCCCAGCCAGGCCAAGCCCGUCAAACACGCCCUUUUCUCCGUACAUUGACUCCAACCGCCCUGUCAUGUCGGCCUCUCCCCACGACACGCGGGUCCAGGACUUUGCCUCUGUGCCUCCGCCGCCCACUGACCCCGAGCGCUCUGCCUCGGACUCAGCGGCCCCUCCGCAAUUGACCCUGGACACGCAGCUCAAUGGAGAACAAAGAAGUCGCGGCCGCUCGGCCACUGCAACCACUGCGACCAGCGCUGCCGCUACCAACCCCGACACUCUCCUUUCCCCCGACCGCGGUUCUAUAGACUCGACACUGCGGCGCCGAAUCACCAGAUCUCAUACGGUCAAACACUACCAAUCCCCCACCCGCCAGUACCACCAUCAGGAGCCUGGCGCCGAGCCUGGUGUCGACACAAAGAACGACAACGAGGCUGCAAACUACCACCACUUGUACGCCCCCUGCCAGAUUACUGUAGUCGACUUUUCCGACCAGAGGGUCGAGUGCCACGAGCUCGAUAAUGAUACACUCGAGGAAUUCCUAAAACACCCAAAGGAGGACUGGGUCACCUCGCGAUGGAUCAAUGUCAAUGGUUUGAGCUGGGAUGUAAUCCGCACCCUGGGAAACCACAAGCAGCUGCAUCGCCUGGCCAUUGAGGACUUGAUGAGCCCGCAGAGCAGGACAAAGGUUGAUUGGUACUCGGACCAGGCCUUCAUGCUCUUGACUCUCUCCAAGCUCGUCCGCACCCCCGUAGACGAAGACUCGGAAAGCGAUUCCGACUCGGACUUGGAUGACACCGACCGACGUUAUGAGGCUUCUCGGUCACGCUCCCGCCCCCGUCAUUCCAGCCAUCACCAGAAGCAAAAGAAGAACCGAAAGCCGUCCUUGUUCAAACGGGCAAAGAGAAUGUUUUUUUCGAGAAACAAUGACGAGGGAAAGUCGAAAAAGGACGACAUGAUGCACGCCUUGGAUGGUAUAGAGAAGCAACUUGACGGUACGCCUCUUGAAAGGCUUAGGACUGCUACACCUCCAGCAACGACUGCAGUCCGUACCCUCCAGCGUUACCGUGGUGGAUACAACCUCGACCGCAUAGUCUAUCUGGAACAGCACUCGGCGCUCACAGAGAAGCACCUGACUGUUAGUGUCGAGCAGGUCAGCAUCUUCUUACUCGCCGACAACUCGGUCAUCUCCUUCUUCGAGCACUCAGCCGACGAUGUCGAAGGCAUGAUCUUGAAGCGUCUCCGCACCGAAGACACCAUUCUCCGUCGCAGCCAAGACAGCAGCAUGGUUGUCCAAGCCAUCAUCGACGCCAUUGUCGAUUUAGCCAUACCCGUUGUAGCCGCCUACGAAGACGCCAUGGGCGAACUGGAACUUGACGUUCUCGAGGAGCCCGAGCUGCACCACAGCCAACUUCUCUAUCUCCUCACAUCGGAGCUCUCCAUCCUCCGCAACACGAUCCAGCCCAUUGUCUCGCUCAUCAACUCGCUGCGCGACCACAAAGCAGACCCCAUGACGCAAUCCAUGCUCGCCCACACAAACUCCAACCUCGCCACACGCAAGACAAUGACGUCCAUCAACAUCAGCCCCCUCGCCCACACGUACCUCGGCGACGUCGAAGAUCACUGCAUCAUGAUCACGGCCUCGCUCGACCAGAUGCGCCGCGCAGCGGACAACCUCAUCGACCUCAUCUUCAACAUGAUGGGCGCCUACCAAAACGAAUCUAUGAAGAUCCUCACCGCAACCACAAUCUUCUUCCUGCCCCUCACCUUCUUAGUUGGUUACUUUGGCCAGAACUUUGCCCGCUUCAACGGCGUCCAGCACAACUCUGACGCCUUCUUCUGGAUCAUUGCCGUCCCCGUCAUGUUUGUUACUCUGCUCGUCCUCAUGGCUGAUCGCAUCAUCCGCAAGUUUAAGCAUUGGAGUGGCAAGCUUAAGCGGAGAGAGGCGAAGCGCAGGGCGGUUAGAAAAGCGAGGGCGGGUGCUAAUGGUAUGUUGGGGGAUGGAAUGGGAAUGGGGCGUCAUGGGGUUGAGGGGCAUCAGCAUAAGGCCAAAAGGAGGCAGACUAUGUAUACAAAGGGCAAUAUUGGGUCGUUUUGA